UUCGAGAGGGUUGCUUUUAACAAUUAAAGCAAAAUAGUGAAACUCCGACCGUCGGGUCUCCACGUCGCCGGCAUUAUCAACACCUAACAUGGCGGAGGAAGAUGAUGAAUUUCGGAGCUUAACCGAUCCAGAUUCUGACCCGGAAUCAAUCCCUAUGUUCUUCGAUAGAAAUCGGCAUAUUUGCUAUCUAGAGAUGAUGCUGGAACUCAUACCUUCACCUUAUCAAUCGCAAGAAAUCAAUCGCCUCACUCUCGCUUACUUCACCAUCUCCGGUCUCGACAUUCUACGUGCCCUCGAUCGCGUUGACAAAGAAGGGGUGAUUAAUUGGGUUUUAUCACUGCAAGCUCAUCCACGAGAUGAAGCUGAAUUGAGCAAUGGACAAUUUUAUGGGUUCCAUGGUUCUAGGAGUUCUCAGUUUCAAUCGAAUGAAAAUGGGGAUGCAAUCCCCAAUGGCAGUCAUUUGGCAAGUACUUACUGCGCGCUAUCCAUAUUGAAGACCCUUGACUAUGACUUUUCACUGCUGGAUUCCACAUCAAUCGUCAAAUCAAUGAAAAAUCUUCAGCAACCUGAUGGGAGGUACUUUUUGUGGCUUUUCUUUCUAUGGAUU